UUUUGCAUGACUUGAUUGGAGCUUUUUUGUGUGUGCUUGCAACACCUUUUGCCAUAUCAAUUAAAUUGCACCUUAUCAACACAUAUGUCGGUGCUAUAAAUGUGCUCUUUCACAUGAGUGUUCUUGCUGUGCAGCCAUGGCUCAUGUGAAGACGCACUUGUUUUGUUGGAAACCAUCUGGCAAGAGCUGAUCUCUCCCUCCCUCCCUCCCUCCUCUCUCUCCCUCCCUCCUCCGCCUCCUCUUCAUGAUCGCUCCCUCUGUCCUUCACCUCCCCCUCUCCUUUCUCUCUCCACUGCAUUCUGUCCCUCCCACUCCUCUGUGCUUCUGCUCACUCCCUCCCUCCCUCCCUCCCUCCCUUCCUGCCUUGCUCCUCUCCCUCCCCCACCUCCUUCCCUGUAUCUCCACCUCCUCCUCCUUUCCUCUUCUCCCUCCCCCACCUCCUCCUCCAUCAUCACGUUACACACACACACUCACACUUCCCCGCCUCCUCUUCCUUCCCCACUCCUCUCCUGCUUCUUUUCCACCACCACCGCUGCCGCCACCCUCCGUAAUUACAUACUCCCUCUCCACUUCCGCUUCUCGUCUCUCUCUCCUCUUCUCACUUCUUCAUCCUACCCCCAUCUUUUUCCCCUUCAACAUGUCCUCUCUGUCUUCCUCCUCCUCCGCCUCCUCCUCCUCCUCCCCCCUCGUGACCCCCGCCAACUCCACUUCUUCCUCUCUUCUCGGCCUUGCUCGCUCCUCUCCUCCCCGUCACAUGUUUUUCCUGUCCUUCUACGCCCCCUCUGUCUCCUCACUUGUUCACCAUGCUCAAUCCUACUCCUCCCCCUGCUCCCUUUCCUCUCUCCCCCAACCUUUCCUCCACUCAUCUUCCUCCUUGUCUCUUCUCUUCUUCAUCCCUCUCUCCCUGUCCUUCCAAUCAUCUCCUCCCACUUACCUCUUUCUCCCCCUCACAUUUCAUUCACUCUCCUUCCUGUCUCCUCUCCACCUUCCCCUCCCCUCCUCCUCUCACCCUUCCUUCAUCACCCCCUCCUUCACCACAGGAGGCAAGUCAAAAAAGGGCCCAGCAGCAGCCUAUGGCAAAGGCUGGCCUGGAGGUGUGUGGGAGGAAGGAGGAGGUGGUGGUGGCGGCGGCGGCGUUGGUGUGGGAGGAGGAAGUGGAGGAGCUGUGGGCAUGAUAGCAGGAGCAGGAGGAAGAGGGGUGAAGGAGGCCAGAGAGAUGUACCUCAUCCAGUUCCCCCGGGAUGAAGAAGAUGAGGGAGGGAUGGUGGAGGACGAGGAAGGGGAGGGCAGCCUCAGCGGUGAGGGGGAGGAGACGGCCAACAUCAAAGAGGAGUGUUCUCAAACAGAGGGCUAUCAGCCUGCUUCUCUCCAGCUAAUCAAGGAGGCUUUGAAGAUGGAUCCGCCCGACCAGAACCCCCAAACUUGCUCCAGAGCCCAAAGUGAAGGAGAGCUGUCAGACCGGCCCCCGACUCUUCAUCCGGGGGAGAGGGAAGAGGAGGACUGGGAGGUGGGCUCACCAGAGCCAUCGGACGGGGGCAUGACGAUGGAUGAACUGAAGGGUCUGGAGUCUGCACUAAGAGCUGAGAGAGGACGUGAGCAGGCUGCUAUGACGACUUCUCAGCCCGCCAGCCCAAGCCCAGAAGUGGUGCGAGGGAGCGAGAUAAGCUUGGCCCCGAAGUACAUUGGUCUCGAUGGGAUGGAGCAGGACGGGGAGCUGGAGCCUCAGCCACCCACUCUGCAGAGAGAGGACCAGAUAGGGCAGAGCAGGGUGAAGGACGGUGUGAGGGCUGGACUGGUCGCUGGAGUUGAGCUGAGGUUAGGCUGGUCCAAGAAGCUGAGAGAGGGAGAUUCAGUGCCUGAUGAGGAUGCAAUGGAGCACGGAGAGUCGGAGCACCUACCCCACCCGUCUGCUCCGGGGAGCGUCGGGGAGAGCGGAGGAGAAGAGGAGGGCGGCGGCGACCUGCUCCACUUCUGCCCACAGUGUGGAGGAGGCUUCACUUCGGAGGCCGAGCUGGAAGAGCACCCGUGUCCACUAGGAGGCGCCCAUCUACAGAACAGCGGAGGAGAGGACAGCCUUUUUCCUUGCGCCCACUGUGGCAACACGUUCAGCCACUCCUGGGCUCUAAAGAACCAUGAGUGCGCCUGUGCUGCCGAGCGGCCGCACUGCUGCGAGAUCUGCGGGAAGCGCUUCACACACUCGCGCUCUCUGGAACGCCAUCAUCUGGUGCACACAGGUGAGAGGCCACACCGAUGCCCGCAGUGUGGACGCAGCUUCAGUCGCCUGGGCAACUUGGAGCGGCACCAGAGGAUCCACACAGGUGAGCGUCCAUACGGUUGCGAGGCAUGUGGGAAACGCUUCAGCCGCGUGGAGUAUUUAAAGAGACACCAACUCAUACACAACAGUGAAAAAGCAACACUCCAGUGCUCCAGCUGUGGGAGAGGCUUCAGUGAUGUGGAGCAGCUGAAGAACCACCAGUGUUUUUAAAGCUGCCUCUUUCAAAUCUCUGAUAGAACUUGAAAGGAAGAGCUGGUUUUUAAUUGACCGAGAUAGAACUUAGCAGAUGAAUGUGACUGGUUGUAUUUUUCUCAGUGAUUAUCUUUAAAACAAAGAAGCACAAGUGCGUGUGGAUGAUUUUGUUGAGUAAAUAGCGAAGGCACAUCUCCAAAGUUGACUGGAAGUCGGUUAUACAUGGGGAUUCUGUACAAGAGGAGAAAUAAAAUUAAACUCAGCCAUUCAGCCAUUGUAACUAGUGCUGUCUUCAUUUGUAUGUAUGUACAAAACUAUGGCUUAUUUAUGAUAAUGAAUAAAUUGUGUAUUUUUAUCUUUUUAUCAAUUAACUCAUGUUAAAGCUGAUGGCCUUGUUUUUCUCUGACAAUAUAAUUGACAGUUUGGUAUUUUGUAUGUUUGUGUUUUGGUCAUAUUGUUAAGAAAUAAACAUUUCAAUUCAUCAGAAAGCUCUUUAUCCAUUUCAGUCUUUGCCUUCUCGAGUUAGUGAAUAAGUUACAAGAUCAUACUCGAACAUAAAUAUUCUUCUCCAAUCCUCGAGGCAAAGUUUUGAUAAAACAUUUAUUACUGAAUUAAAACCUUAUGCUGCACUUUGCUUGUGUGCAGAUACCCUAUUAGGUUUGUGUUAAUAAUGAAGUCAUCUUGAAAGGUUUAUUCCUGGUUUUUCUGAUUAUAUAAUACAUUGACAUAAACCCAGACCUGCCUCCCUGUUAUAUUCAGAGUUAGCAAGCUCAGUAUUCAUAUUUCCUUUCUAGUGGUUCAGUUAUUCAUGUAGUUUGGGAAAGUACUGUAAUAGGAACACAUCAAAUGCAAAUAAUGAGAAAGCAAUUUAGAAAAAAGGUUUGUUCCUAAAUGAGUGGUGACAACUCUAAAUAGACACGCUGUAUGUAUGCAAUAUCUGAGUAGUUUGUGUAUUUCUGCUUUUUAAAGAAUUUGCAUCUGCUUGAAGAGAACUACUGAUCUGUUAAAAUCUCCAUAAAUGUGAAUUUGUGCUGGUCGAGGUUUCAUCCCAGUUGAUUCAUUAUUUCCCUAUGUUCUUGCAAAGUUUAAGAAACAUGUCAUCAUUGUUCAGUAUAAAACAAAUGGAUAAACAGCAUUCUAAAAUUGCAUGAAUAUAAACUAAAGACUUUUUUACAGUAUCUAUUUUCUUCUAUACAGGAUUAUUUUGAGACAUCCUGCUGUUUGGCUGGUAUUAAAAUAAGAACGGUGUCAGGCAAUUAAUAUUUUUAAAUUUUUAUUUAGAGGUAUCCUAUUUUGUGUACACAUUAUAGACCAGGUAUGUAUUGAUUGUGCGAAAUAAAAUGUGUUUCUUUGUUA